GUAGGUGGGCCGGGUCGCGCCGCUCCGGUCCCGGCCUUGCCUCCCUGUCCGGUUCCGCCGCGGGCCCACGAUGCCGCAGUUCCAGACCUGGGAGGAGUUCAGUCGCGCGGCCGAGAAGCUCUACCUCGCCGACCCCAUGAGGGUAAGUGGCCUCCGUCCUAGACUGCUGCUGGAGUGGUUUCAGAAAUGCGAAUUUGACUGUUAUAACCGCCUUAAAACCUUUAGUGGCUCCUCAUCAGUCAAGUGUCUGGUGUACAGAACAGACCAAGCUCAAGAUGUGAAGAAGAUUGAGAAAUUCCACAGUCAACUGAUGCGACUUAUGGUAGCCAAGGAAUCCCGCAGUGUUGCCAUGGAAACGGACUGACUCGUUUGAGAUGAAGACUGCUUGCCAUGCUCUUAGGAAGUAAAUCUCUUUUGAAUUUGAGGCAGUGUCGGGACAGAAAAUUCUUACUGUAACUAUUCAGAAGCCAAGAGACCAUUGUUUUGUACUUUGCUUCUUAUGUUUACUCUAGAGAGCGAAGAAUGCAAAUGCUUUCAGUUAGAAAGCCUUUAUUUAUUUUUGGAAAUGGAACAGGAAAUGUGUCUACUUGGAAACUUUUGCAGAUUAUUUGAUGCUGGGGAAAACAUGUAAUUAUUUCUUUCAGUAAGUUUGUAGCAAUAAUUUGAAAAUGAGAUAUCAGGAAAAGCCUAUUCUUCCUUAAGUUUAGUUUAUUUGUCUUUUAAAAAAAUUAAAUGUAACCAUUUUGCUGGGUU